UAAUACCGAAAGAAGCAAGUGUGACUAUACAAUGCCAAGCAAAAGCCGAGAAGCCACUGCUCCCCAGGAUAAUGCCGACAUGUGCUGUAACAAGAAAAUGAAGAGAAAGUCCCUUGUCCCAUGAAGAGGCCAUCUUGUCCCAAGAAACGUAAGCCACGUGGCUGCCCACGUAAGCCUGCUUGGCCCAUGAGAAAGAAGACGCGUGCAUGCGCCAAGAAACAUAAACCAGCUUGCCCCAAGAAGCGUAAACCAGCUUGUCCCAGGAAGCGCAAGGCCUUUCAUGAACCCAUGCGCCAAAAAGCGUGUCCAGUGCAGCAAGCCCGUCCCGUUAUGAAUAAUGGGUAUCUGAAUUUCGUUCGAUCGUUCCGCAAGAAGCAUUGUGGUCUAAAGCCACAGGAAUUGAUCAAAAUGGCCGCGCGUGCCUGGUGCAGUUUAUCGGAAGAUAAGAAGAAUCGUUAUCGUCGCAUGGCCUGCAAGGUAACGAAGAGCUGUCGGCAUAAACAUCCCCGUGUUUGCACCGGGAAGUAAGAUGUCCAAAGUUAUGCCGAGCUGUAUCCAUCCUCCAAAUCGUAGUCGUGUGUGUGUUCAUGUUUCCCCCCAAAAAAAAAGUAACUGCUGCUUACCAUGUAAUGUAAUAAUUUAAACUUGUAACGAAUGUAAUAGUGUGUACAUUUUAAGUAAUUACAAGUACAAAU